CCAGUGCCUACAGGCCGGGGGUGGGCUUGGAUGAAGACCCUUGCCCUAGCUGGAACUGAGCGGCCGUCUGUCUUUAGCUCUCAGGGCCAGAGCGGGGCAGGAGGAUGCGUCCCCGGCCCCAUCAUGGAGCUGCGCUGUGGGGGCCUGCUGUUCAGCUCUCGCUUUGAUUCGGGGAACCUCGCGCACGUGGAGAAGGUGGAGUCUGUGUCCAGCGAUGGGGAAGGAGCAGCAGGCGGGGUGGCGGCUCCCGCCAGCAGCCUCAGCUCCCCCGACUAUGAGUUCAACGUGUGGACCCGGCCAGACUGUGCGGAGACGGAGUUUGAGAAUGGGAACCGGUCCUGGUUCUACUUCAGCGUCCGGGGAGGAACGCCAGGGAAACUCAUCAAGAUCAACAUCAUGAACAUGAACAAGCAGAGCAAGCUCUAUUCCCAGGGCAUGGCCCCGUUUGUGCGCACAGUGCCGACCCGGCCGCGCUGGGAGCGGGUCCGAGACCGGCCCACCUUUGAGAUGACAGAGACGCAGUUUGUGUUAUCCUUUGUUCACCGUUUCCUAGAAGGCCGCGGGGCCACCACCUUCUUCGCCUUCUGCUACCCCUUCUCCUACAGCGACUGCCAGGAUCUGCUGAACCAACUCGACCAGCGCUUCCUGGAAAGCCACCCCCCCCACAGCAGCCCUCUGGAUACCAUCUAUUACCAUCGGGAGACGCUCUGCUACUCUCUGGACGGGCUGCGUGUAGACCUGCUGACCAUCAGCUCCUGCCACGGGCUUCGCGAGGACCGAGAGCCACGCCUGGAGCUGCUCUUCCCUGAUACCAGCACGCCCAGACCUUACUGUUUCACAGGCAAAAGGAUCUUCUUCCUGAGCAGUCGGGUUCACCCUGGGGAGACCCCGUCCAGCUUUGUCUUCAAUGGCUUUCUGGACUUCAUCCUUCGGCCUGAUGACCCCCGGGCCCAAACCCUGCGUCGCCUGUUUGUCUUUAAGCUGAUCCCCAUGUUGAACCCUGAUGGUGUGGUCCGUGGCCACUACCGCACAGACUCGCGGGGGGUGAAUCUGAACCGCCAGUACCUGAAGCCUGACGCGGUCCUGCACCCCGCCAUCUAUGGGGCCAAAGCUGUGCUCCUCUACCACCACGUGCACUCGCGUCUCAACGCCCCGAACGCCCCUGAGCACCAGCAGAGUCCCCAGCUCCCUCCCGGAGCGCCCCACGUGGACCCGGAGAAAGCCAGCAGCUCGCUCGCAAGCGCAAGCGAAGCGCACCUGGAGGGCGCCCCCGGCGGGGAGAACGCCCAGGCCUGGCCACCGCCCGCGCUCGCCGAACAGAAGCCCAGCAGCGUGUGGAUCGUGUCCCAGCCGGGCACCGAGGGUCAGCAGCCAGCCCCCGACAACAUCCCCCCCAAAGAGAGUGGGGUCGCCUACUACGUCGACCUGCACGGACAUGCUUCCAAGAGGGGCUGCUUCAUGUACGGGAACAGCUUCAGUGACGAGAGCACCCAGGUGGAAAACAUGCUGUAUCCAAAGCUCAUCUCCUUGAACUCAGCCCACUUUGACUUCCAGGGCUGCAAUUUUUCAGAGAAGAACAUGUAUGCCCGAGAUCGCAGAGACGGCCAGUCCAAAGAGGGCAGCGGCCGGGUUGCCAUCCACAAAGCCUCAGGGAUAAUCCACAGCUACACACUUGAAUGCAACUACAACACCGGCCGCUCGGUGAACAGCAUCCCUGCCGCCUGCCACGACAAUGGCCGCGCCAGCCCACCGCCGCCGCCUGCCUUCCCCUCCAGAUACACUGUGGAGCUCUUUGAGCAGGUGGGCCGGGCAAUGGCCAUCGCGGCGCUGGACAUGGCCGAGUGCAACCCGUGGCCCCGCAUCGUGCUGUCGGAGCACAGCAGCCUCACGAACCUGCGGGCCUGGAUGCUGAGGCACGUGCGCAGCAGCCGGGGCCUGAGCAGCACCGUGGGCCUGGGCCUCGCCAAGAAGAGAGGCGCGCGGACGCCGCCCAAGAACGCCAGCGGGUUGCCCGUCACCGGCUCCGAGAACACCCUGAGCCGCACGCGCAGCUUCAGCACCGGCACCAGUGCCGGCGGCAGCCAGCAGGACUCCCCGCAGAUGAAGAGCUCCCCCAGCUUCCCUUUCCAUGGCCUCCGGCCCCCGGGGCUGCCAGGCCUGGGCUCCGGCGCCCAGAAGGUCAGCCAGCGGGAGCUGGGCCCUGUCAGAGACCCCCGCAGCCAGGACAGGAGACGGCGACAGCAGCCACUGACUCAGCGCCCCACCUCGAGCAGCCUGGCUGCAUCCCAAACUAACUCUAGCGCGGCCUCUUCGCGCAGCAUGGGCUCCUGCCUGCUGCCCGGCUCGCUCAGCACCUCAGGGGCUGGCUGCUCGUUCCUGUCUUCAGGGGACAAGCCAGAAGCUGUGAUGGUGAUCGGGAAAGGCCUUCUAGGGGCGGGGCCUCGGAUCCCCUGCAUCAGGACCCGACUGCAGGCUAGGCCCAGGCUGGGCCGGGGCUCACCGCCGACUUGCGGAGGGAUGAGAGGCUCUUCCGGCCCCACAUCCCCCAUCUCCCAGACCAAGGAGUGCAGUGAGCCGGAGCCGGGACCCCUCUGUGCGCCAGGGCUGCCUCGGGCCAGGCCCUCGCGGCCCCAUUCUGCCCCUGCCCUUUCUCCUCUUUCCAGUAGUCUCUCCGACUACCCUGCCCGGACUUGUUACAGUGGGGGGCCCUUGAGCCAGCCUGAGGUUUCUUUUGUCCCCAAGUCUCCCCCGCUUACUCUCUCCCCCCGGGUGUGACGCC